AUGGCGCCUGUAAACACGUCUGAGGCUGUUGCAAACCCUACCAAUCCUCACAAAGUUGUGAUCAUUGGCUCCGGCCCCGCUGGUCACACCGCUGCUAUUUACCUUGCUCGUGCAAACCUUGCCCCCAUCAUGUACGAAGGUUUCCUUGCCAAUGGCAUCGCUGCCGGUGGACAGCUCACUACUACCACUGAUGUUGAAAAUUUCCCAGGCUUCCCUGAUGGUAUCGGUGGCUCUGAAAUCAUGGACAAAUUCCGUGCUCAGUCUCUUCGUUUUGGUACCACAAUCAAGACGGAAACUAUUUCAAAGGUGGACUUGUCCAGCCGUCCCUUCAAGUUGUGGCGCGAGGGCUAUGAGGAUAAGGAGCCUGAUCUGGCUGAGGUGAUUAUUAUUGCUACCGGUGCUUCCGCCCGUCGUAUGAAGCUCCCUGGUGAAGAGACUUACUGGCAGAGCGGUAUCAGUGCGUGCGCUGUCUGCGAUGGUGCAGUGCCUAUUUUCCGCAACAAACCUCUUGCUGUUGUAGGUGGUGGUGAUUCAGCUGCUGAAGAAGCCACUUACCUUACAAAGUAUGCGAGCCAUGUCUUUGUGUUGGUGCGGCGCGAUGAACUUCGUGCCAGCAAGAUCAUGGCCAAACGACUGCUUUCUCACCCCAACGUUACCGUGAUGUUUAACACUGUUGCCACAGAAGCGAAGGGUGAUGGUGAGCUUUUGAAUGCCAUCCGCAUCAAGGAUACCAAGACUGGCGAAGAAAAGGAUCUGGCUGUGAACGGCCUCUUCUAUGCGAUUGGUCACGUUCCCGCUACUUCUAUUUUCAAGGGUCAGAUUGACCUGGAUGAGGACGGCUAUAUUCGUACCAAGCCUGGCACAUCAUUCUCAUCAGUGCCAGGUGUCUUUGCUGCCGGUGAUGUUCAGGACAAAAAGUACCGUCAAGCUGUCACAUCAGCUGGUAGUGGCUGCAUUGCUGCCUUAGACGCAGAACGAUUUUUGGCGGAGCUAGAGGCCUCUUCCGACUAG